CCUCCCUCUCUUCGUGGCUGUGUUCCGCGGUUGAAUGAGCGGUGUUCAUCACUGUUGCGAUUUCUCUGGAGGGGAGUGAACAUGGCCACUACGGCAGCGAAUCGUGUCAUCGUUUACGGAGGGCGAGGGGCUCUCGGCUCGGCGUGCGUGCAGUAUUUCAAAUCCAAAGGCUGGUGGGUUGCCAGCAUCGACAUCGUUGCGAAUGCAGAUGCGAACGCGAAUGUUCUGGUGAAGCUGUCCGAGUGCUUUCCGGAGCAGGCCGGUCAGGUGACAGCAGACGUGGGCCAGCUGCUGGGUGAUGUGAAGGUGGAUGCUAUCCUGUGUGUGGCAGGGGGCUGGGCAGGAGGAAACUGUAGCUCCGCAGAGGUGUUCAGGAGCGCUGAUCUGAUGUGGAAGCAGAGUGUGUGGACGUCCACUAUCGCCGCUCACUUGGCCGCGCUGCACCUGAAGCCUGCAGGACUGCUCACACUCACCGGAGCCAAGCCAUGUGUGCAGGGAACGCCAGGUAUGGUGGGGUAUGGCAUGGCGAAGGCUGCGGUGCAUCAGUUAUGCCAGAGUCUGUCUGGACCUGACAGCGGCCUCCCGACAGGAGCCACAUCACUGGCCAUCCUACCGGUUACCUUGGAUACGCCGAUGAACAGGAAGUUCAUGCCUGAUGCUGACUUCGGAAGCUGGACUCCUCUGGAAUACGUUGCUGAGAUGUUCUUCCGCUGGGCCAGUGGUUCUGGGCGUCCGGCGUCGGGCAGCCUGGUCCACCUGCUGACCUCAGGAGGCGUGACGGAGGCCAGCCCAGCGCCGUGAGAGAGGGAUGAAGAGA